AUGAAAUCUGACAAAUCAAAUUUAGAAGUACGAGCUUUGGCUAAACAUAUACGUAUGUCUGCUCAUAAAGCGCGCAGAGUAGUUAAUCAAAUUCGCGGUCGUUCGUAUGAACAAGCACUUAUGAUAUUAGAAUUUAUGCCAUAUCGAGCAUGUUAUCCUAUAUUACAAUUAGUUUCUUCAGCAGCAGCAAAUGCAAAUCACAAUUUAAAUCUAAAUAGAGCGAAUUUAAUUAUAAGUGAAGCAAAAGUAGAUGAAGGCCCUGUUUUAAAAAGAUUUCAACCUAGAGCUCAAGGACGGGGAUAUCCUAUACAUAAACCUACUUGUCAUAUAACAAUUACCGUAAAAAACAAAAAUUAA